AUGGGCUCUUCUACCUCUUAUGUUGAUCUAUUAAUCAUUGGAGCGGGGCCAGCAGGCCUCACGGCUGCAUGCUGGGCAGCGCAAUACAGAAUGUCAACUCGGAUUAUUGACCAAAAGAAAGGUCGGACGGAAACUGGCCAUGCCGAUGGGUUACAAAGUAGGUCUCUAGAGAUACUAGAGAGCUUUGGCAUCGUCGAUUCGAUAUUGAAGCAGGGAAUCCACAAUGUCGACAUGUCUCAUUGGUCAACCAAUAACGAAACGGGCAAAAUAGAGCGACGUAGGACAUACGAACAGAGCACUGAACAAAGGUCGAGAUUUGGGCAAAUACUGCUCAACCAAGGGGCCGUGGAGCAAGUUUUUCUUGACCAUCUAGAUGACAAGGACGUUCAAGUGGAGAGGCACAGUGUGGCUGAACAUUUGCAUCUCUCUCCUGCCGAUGUUGACGAAGGAGAACAGUUUCCGGUCGUUGUGGGAGUCAGGUGUGCGGGAACAUACGAAACCAUACAUGCGCGCUAUCUCAUUGCAUGCGAUGGCGCGCACAGCUGGGUCAGGGACCAGCUAGAUAUCCAGACUGAUUCAGUGUCAGAAGAUUCAUCCUGGGGUGUACUAGACAUAGUGCCCAUAACUGAUUUCCCUGAUAUCCGUCAAUCCUGCUCAAUAGACUCUCAACCUCAUGGAAGUAUCAUGACCGUACCCAGAGAGAACAGAAUAGUUCGAUUUUAUAUUCAGCUUGAAGGGGAGCUGAGAGAAAAAGUCAUACAACACCCCAGCAGUUCUCCCACAGCUAUGGUAGAAAUAGCCGAGAGCUUAAUGAAGCCGUAUAGACUGACGUAUAACCGUGUUUUUCUCACUGGCGAUGCCGCCCAUACCCACUCCCCAAAGGGAGGGCAGGGCAUGAAUGUAUCCAUUCAAGAUUCAUAUAAUCUAAUAUGGAAAUUGGGUGCAGUUAUUGCAAAUGGCGCAGACCCUUCUAUACUAGAAACAUAUGACAGUGAACGGCGUCCGGUCGCCGAAAAGCUUAUGGAUCUGGAUGAACGUCUGGUGCAAGCAUAUGAGAAAGAGGAAAACGAUACCUCAAGCGGAAUUUACGAAGUCCGCGAGAAGUAUGCUGGAUUUAUGGCCGGAGUCGACGUGACCUAUAGUCAUAGCACCUUGAUCGCCAAGACAAAGAAAGGCGAUGAUUUAGACGUUGCUAGGAACAUCGAGCUUGGCAUGCGUUUACCGUCUUUCCUCGUCGUUCAAAUGUGCGAUGGAGUGCCUUUGCAUCUGGCACAGAAGCUGACGAGUGACGGAUGGUGGAGAAUUCUGGUGUUUCCGGGUGAUCUACGCCAGCCCGCGAGGAUGAAAGCUUUGACCGAUUUUGCGGACUACUUCAGCGAACACUCUCACCUCACCCACCUACAACGCAUACAAAGUCCGGAAUGGAGCUGCCCUAACGUGGAAUUGCUUCUCAUACAGUCAUGCCCUAGGGGCGCAGUCAAUCUGCUUGAUCUUCCAGAACUGUUCCACCCGUUUGAUGAUGUAAUGGGUUGGGAUUACUGGAAAACGUUUGCUGAUGAUCAGGACCAAGCUUACAAUGGAUACGGCAUUGAUAAGGGCGGCUCAGGAUGUCUCGUACUGUGUCGGCCGGAUCAGCACGUCGCAUGGAUAGGCAGUAUGGAGGACACGGCUGGUUUGGAUCAAUACUUCUCAAGGUUGUUCCCGUCGAGAGAGAGAAAGCGAUAA